CUCCGCGGGAUCCCGCAGCGCUCCUGUAUCUCAGCCUGAAGAGCUCCGAGACCAGAAUCCAGACUCGGUCCAGGACAACACGGUCCACCAGUCACAGCGGAGACCUGCAGGACGAUGGAGAACCAGAACCCGGACCGCAGGAGCCAAACAGCAGCCUCGUGCUCUGAUAGCGCCGAUGUUCAGAGAAGGAGAAGAUAUGGACUAAAACGUCAUCGCUGUACGCACUGUGACAAAUCCUUCACAACAUCUGGAUAUUUGAAGAUUCAUCAGCGAGUUCACACUGGAGAGGAACUGUACAGCUGUGACCAGUGUGGGAAAACUUUCAUUACAUUAGGUGUCCUGAAAAUCCACCAACGUGUUCACACUGGAGAGAAACCGUACUGGUGUGAACAGUGUGGAAAAACUUUCACUCAAUCAAGUGCCCUAAAACUCCACCAACGUGUUCACACUGGAGAGAAACCAUACUCGUGUGAACAGUGUGGAAAAGCUUUCGCUCAAUCAAGUGCCCUAACAACCCACCAACGUGUUCACACUGGAGAGAAACCGUACUGGUGUGAACAGUGUGGAAAAUCUUUCGCUCAAUCAAGUGCCCUAAAACUCCACCAACGUCUUCACACUGGAGAGAAACCGCACUCGUGUGAACAGUGUGGGAAAACUUUCGCUCACACAGGUGCCCUAAAACUCCACCAGCGUGUUCACACUGGCGAGAAACCAUACUGGUGUGAACAGUGUGGAAAAACUUUCGCUCAAUCAAGUGCCCUAAAAACCCACCAACGUGUUCACACUGAAGAGAAACCGUACUCGUGUGAACAGUGUGGAAAAACUUUCAAGACAUCAGAUGGCCUAAAAUACCACAAACUUGUUCACACUGGAGAGAAACCGCACUCAUGUGAACUUUGUGGGGAAAAAUUCACUUUAUCAACUGUCCUGAAAAAACACCAACGUGUUCACACUGGAGAGAAACCAUACUCGUGUGGAAGAACUUUAGGUUCAUCAGAUGACCUAAAAAUCCACCAACGUGUUCACACUGGAGAGAAACCAUACUGGUGUGAACUGUGUGGACAAACUUUUGCUCAAUCACAUUACCUAAAACUCCACCAACGUGUUCACACUGGAGAGAAACCGUACUGGUGUGAACAGUGUGGAAAAACAUUUAGUCGAUCAGGUGACCUAAAAAACCACCGACGUGUUCACACUGGAGAGAAACCAUACAGGUGUGAACAGUGUGGAAAAACUUUCAAUCGAUCACAUGUCCUAAAGAAGCACCAACGUGUUCACACUGGAGAGAAACCAUACUCGUGUGAACGGUGUGGGAAAACUUUCAGUCGAUCAGAUCUCCUAUAUAAACACCAACGUGUUCACACUGGUGAGAAACCGUACUGGUGUGAACAGUGUGGAAAAACUUUCAAGUCAUCAGAUGGCCUAAAAUACCACGAACGUGCUCACACUGGAGUGAAACCAUACAGCUGUGGCCAAUGUGGCAAAUCUUAUACCAAAAGGAGACCCCUUACAAGACACAAAUGCAUUGACAAAGCAUCAGUGUGACAUUUUUCCCAGAGCCGAGCUAGCUGUUUCCUCCUGCCCUGAAUACCACCACCUGUUAUCAUGUGACUGUGCUAGACUAACGUCAUGUGAUGACAGCUGAGGAAGUUUGAUUUGGAAAGAGCUGGAAAUCGUCAAUCUGGAGGUUUUAUCAGCCAAUAGCAAAAUUAAACUGCAGUAUCCAGUAGAGGGCAGUCACUGCAUUUCAGAAUCAGCUUUAUUGCCAGGUAUGUAUACACAUAUGAGGAAUUUGACUCUGGAUUGUACAUUGCUCACGAUGUGCUUACUUAUACAAUAAAACAAAAAUAAUCAAACACAGGCUACAGUAUAGAGAACCCAUAUAUACAGACUAUGGACUAAACUGACAGAUUGAGCGAAUAGUGUAGUGAGCUGAGUACAAAGGACGUAGGAAAAAAUUAUUAUUACCAUUAUUGUUAUUAUGUACACGUUGGAGGUGGAUGUGAUAUACAGGUGCACAUACAUCAGAGUGAUUGUUUACGGAAGAAACUGUUCCUGAGUCUGUUGGUUACCAGAGGGGAGGAGCUGGAACAGGUUGUGUCCGGGGUGAGAUGGAUCUAUAGUGUCCUGAAUGGAGGGCCGGUUGGUACCGAUGAUCCUUUCUGCAGUCCUGACUGUCCGUUGUAGUCUGCUCCUGUCCUUUUUGGUGGCAGAUCCAAACCAGACAGUGAUGGAGGUGCAGAGGACAGACUGGAUGAUGGCUGUGUAGAACUGGGUCAGCAGCUCCUUUGGCAGGUUGAGCUUCCUGAACUGGUACAAGAAGUGCAUCCUCUGCUGGGCGUUCUUGAUAAUAGUGUUGGGUUGGGGGGCGUCAGUGCUGAUGGUCCGGGUGCUGGAUGUGAUGUUCUCCAGCCUCAGUUUGUGAUCCACUGACAGGUGGAGGCUGGCACGGUGAGCUGGGUGAGUUUGGU